CUUGGAUUGUGGUUUUGUCUUCUUCUAUAUGCUUGAAGGGAAUGCCUUAACACUGCUCAAUAGACCAGUAUCUAACACUUGAAAUAAUGUCCGCUGCACAAGGUGUCAAACUAACACAAAGGCUUCAGCGUACAGUGGGGCACGCCAGUGCUUUGGCCACGGGUGUAGGCCUCACAGAGGAGGAGUACAACGACCCAACUCCGCCUCCCAGAGUCAGUAAAACCUCCCUUAUUCCAAUCCUUCAGGCAUAUCCAAAAUGUAACAAUCGUUUGGGGGAAAGUGAGUCGACUACGCAGUCUUCUCAGAUAUCAGACAACUCAACAGCAACAAUCAUUGGUUCCUGUGUUUUUGAGAUGAACGAGACAUCUGACGCUAGUGAACAAGGCACGGUGAGCAUCCAGUCCCCCAUUCCGAAUUCGCAACCCCUCGCACAAGCUGAAGAAAAUCAUUCGAAAACGGAAUACGCCCAUUCAACCUCUGGACGAACCCAAUUCAUCGAAAUUAUGCGAGUCAACGAUGCGGGAUUUAAAUCCCCAAUGUCAAGCUCUCUGGUUUUGAAGAAGCCCGUGAUACCGAACGGCGAGCUCACAAGUUCUGGCGUUUACGGACAGACCAGGUCAUUUUCUUCAUCUCUGUAUCCCCCUCAGUGUGGAUUUUACAAUAAAACGGUAGAAAACCAAUCACAUAUCAAGUUUCCACAGAACCGGUUUUCCGCUGGAACCUGUGCGAAAGAGAGAUCUCCUAACGGACAGAAAGAUAGCUCCGCCAAAGUUUCACAGAUCCCGAGGCUGGUAAACAGCACCAAAGCACCGAAUGCCAGACAAAACGUCAACAGUGGAAUUUACAGAAACACGCGACCGUCUCCACCCAGUAAUCCACCUAGUGAUAGCUCCACUGGACAAAGAAAAGUGAAUUCAGGACCACGAAUUCUGAGCGUCAACGGUGCUACCACAUCAUACCGAGACAGACAACAUCACUCACAACAAAUACAAACAAAUACUCAACGCUUCAACUUCCAAAACACUGUUCCGAACCCAGUUGAGAGAAACCAAUCACCAAUAACGGUUACUAAGGAAUUCCUCAUCGUUAACGGCCAAAUGAGUCAAGAGGAAAAUGAUCGAUCUCUGGUUCAGGAAGAGCAAGAUGACAAGACUAUCAACAGUGACAUGAGUGAUUUUGAUGAAGAAAAGUAUCCUGAGGAACCUAUGAUAAUGAACUCUUUUUUGGUUGACCCAAUACACUUGAACGAAAUUUCCACUAAGAGGACGUCACAUAAUGCUCUGGUCGGUGAAGAGGCUGAUACUUAUCAGGACCGGGCCAAACGCUGUGUUGGGAAGCGAAAAAACAAGCCGGUCUUAGCUGCCGUUCGAGCAUACGCAGAAAAAUGUAACAACCGACAAAGUGUGUCACCGUGUGCCACGUCAACAAUGAAUGGAACAGUGGGUGGAUGGUUUGGAAAUUCUAAUCAAAUGUUCUUGGACCACACACGUCACCGAGGUCGGUAUGCGGAACAGUAUCAGUCCACGCCAAACAUUGAACUCACGGGGCGUGUAGGCCCACAAAACCCAGUGGUGAUUACACGCCCACGUCGGGUACCUCUACUGGAUGGUCGUGGGCAGUACCCAACCUCAAAGGCCGAUUUCCGUUCAUCUGUGAGCGCAUUAUCCUAUCUGGUGCAAGAUGCUAACUUUCCAGAAGGCUAUUUGGAGGACGAUGAUUCUGAUUCUGAAUCUUGCCGCCCGUAUCCACUCCCACCAACCAGUUCAUUGGGAUACCAUAAGCUUUCAAAUGUUUACCCUCGCCCUCCACUUCAUGAAGACACGUAUGAAUCUGAUCCAUCAGUUCUCAGGCCACGUUUGCCGCAGUUUCACGUCAAUGUCAAAAACAGACUGAACCUUUAUCAUGGGCGACGAUUUGUUCAUUCAGGACGGGUACCACAAAACUCGCAGAGGUCUCUGCGUAUGGAAGUCGGAGCCAUGAAUGAUUCCUUUAUUCAACCUACAACCCACUAUCUGUCCUCUCCCGAGAAGAAUAUUGUCGAUCCAGAUUCCACAAGUACGUCUGAAAAUGAGGAAAUCCGACCGUUACCUAGGCGAAUGCUCAGUCCUGACGAAUACGCUCAAAUGCAGCCCAUGGUUAUCCGUUCAAAUUAUCACCCUAUGCGCAAGGGUCUCCAAGCAAGAAGGACAAAUGCCUGGUCUGCAGUGUCUCCACCCUCUCAAAAUGGAUCAGUGACCACUUAUUCCAGGCCGAGGUGGACUCAGUACCUAAGCGAUGAUAUACGGACUCAAGGUGCCGUGUAUCCCGAAGAUGGUCUUGACGAUGUUCAAUUAGACAUUGAGGACCCGAGAUUUCAGACUCGACUUAAGCUAUCUGUUGUAGAAAACACGCGGACGGAAGGCUCAUCGCAUUACGGGAGGCUUUCGGUCGAACCGGUCGCAGUCGAUAGCAGUGUUGCGUGUUAUAAUGGAAUGCACGCAGAUGUACGAUACCCAUACAAUUCUCAUGGUCUUCGAGUACCUUCUAGAGUGCACAAUUCACUACACCCCGUGCCCCCGCAGGGUUGUUCGUCCGUUAGAGCGAAAUCCGAAUGUGAUUUGGUCGCCAUUGCCUCAAGCGAAAAUGCAGAAUGGAGUUUACACCCCGAUUCCUACAUUCGUAAUCGACCGAACUAUCGACUCGGAUUCAAUGGUAACUACUACCCGAAGACAUCCAGCAGUACUAACACCAACGUCAAUAUCGUCAACAACACCAGCAACAGUAAAGCCAAUGGUGGUAUUCAAGGAAAUAAAGCCGGACGCUCUAUCUCCCUGGAACGGUUCUCAUCUGGACAAUGGGUAGAACACACUUCCAGUGAAAUUUCCUCCAUAAAUUCAAGCAGCAAAAAUUUGAAUCUGGAACCACCGAAAAUUUUAUGUUCUCCGCCCACAUCUCCGAGCAUAAUUACUAGUUCGUGUAACGCCAUAUCCAAAAUGUCUACACGAUCUGUUCCCUCACCUGGAUCGUCGCGUCUAACAGUGGCGUGGGUGGAGAUGACAGACCGCGAAAGGCAGUCAGAUAAAAAAUUACAUCACAUGAUACUACAGUUACCUCCGGACCGACGACAUGCAGUCGGGUUUGUGCUUCUGUUGAUGGGUAUCCGCUACAAUGAACAAGGAGAGUUAUCUCAAGGUGGGCUGGAGCACCGCUUACGUGAAGCACUGGAGCUCGUCUCACCUACGCAACGUAACAUGAAUGGCACCGCGCCAGUUGGAGGUGCUGGAGACUGUGCGCGUUUGAAAGCCGAAAACAUCAGAUUAUCAAGUGAAAUGGAAAACUGCAACUCCCACAGGCUCCUGAAAGAUCACAGAAUGACUCAGUCCUGUUAUCAAGGCGGUGGUUCUUCGGAAACGGAUGCUUACUUACAAAGUUCCAGCAGGCCUGAACCAACACCCCAACUCAAUGGACAAUGUGAGCUACAGAUGACAACUUCCUGCAUUUCCAUUGAGGAUAGUUCUGAUACUGAACAGACUCGGGGCGAGUUGGACAACCAACCAAGCGAUUCGCUUCCAAGCACCGCUACCAUACUUAGGCGCCUGGCUCGAACAUUAGCGGUUCGCAUUGCGUUCAAACAACAGCACUUGGCCGAUGCCCAGCAAAAAGUAGCCCGGAACGAGACGGAAGAAAAAUGGCUACGAAACAAACUCAAUGAGCUGUUCAAUCCAUCCGACCGGUUCUCGUUCAGUUCGUCCACACUCACACGCACUGGUGACAUGGUUCCAAUGACCGAUUUUGAAGAUUCAACCGCUACACAAGUUAUUACCAGAUUUGACCGGUGGCACAAAAACAUGGUCUCGGUGGUUCAACUCCUCUGUCAACUUGCCCGUCGCCUUGCCUGUGUAGAUGCGCGGAUACUUAGUCUGCAACAGAAUGGGUUCAAGCGAGAUUCCAACGAUAUAACACAGGACAGUCAAUGUUCUCUUGAAUUUUUGAACAGACAAAAAGUUGAGCUAGAGUUCAAAAUAAAAGAAGCACAAAGUUUGCGUGCAGGCUUGGAAAACUGCCGCCUUCGACUGUUGGAAAGUAUUCCGCCAGGGUUGAAAGUUGAAGACCCAUCGCCCGAACUCGUCCACGGUUAUGAAUCGACAGACUCGGCAAUUGGGAUGAACGAACAUGAGAACGAAUCAGACCAAAAUCGGGCAACCCUUCAGUCGGAUCAAACAACUAAACCAACCAAGCAUAUCCCGGUAUUCUUGCGCGACCGAAUAUCCGUUCACUUGCUUCACACACUGCAGUGGCUGGUAACAUAUCACGUCCUUGAUACAAAAAUUCGAGUUGAUCAAGAUCUUCGCGACAGUGUUCUAGAUGAUUUGAGGCUUGAGAUGAACUACUGAACUGGAGCUCAAUCAUCAUCGGUCAUCCGGGCUGAUUGACUACAAGUCUCAACGGUCCAAUCCGUCGCAAGUACACAAUCUCAAAAGAAAACUGCCAUCCACAUAUUUACAGCCGUCUCUCCCCUACAUCUUGCUCACACCUUUGCAGGGCAGAUUCAUACGGUCUUCCUUUUCAUCCUGGAUCCACACCACGCAUCCCGAAUGUAUCCAUAUGAUUCCCAACUUGACCCUUGAUGCCUUGUGACAACAGUAGAGAUCGUUUUCUAUUACAUAUUAUUUGAUCCCACCCGAAUAAGA